UGUCACUUCCCGAAAAUGCCCUCCCUGUUUCUCUCUAACCCCUCGUCGCCUCCUUCCUCCUCCGACCCUCCAAACGACGCCGUCGCGUCCCCUUCCUCCGCUUCUUCUUCCUCCUCCUCCGACAUGUGGAAUUUCCUUAUUGUACCCAUCCUCUUCUACCUCUCCAAAGACCUUGGCCUCGCUCAAGCUCAAACCUCCACUCCACUCCUUCUCCCGAGCAGGGGAGACAACUCCUCCGCUGAAACACUGAGUUCCGAUUCUAGUUGCACGACUCUUGACCCGAAGCUCUAUUAUCGGCCGGUGAUCGGGAUACUGAGUCAUCCGGGGGACGGCGUCGGGAGGCUGAACAAUGAUACGAACGCGUCGUAUAUAGCGGCAUCGUAUGUGAAGUUCGUGGAAGCGGCUGGGGCUCGAGUGAUCCCUCUUAUUUAUAAUGAGCCUGAGGAGAUUCUUUUCGAGAAGCUUGAAUUAGUCAAUGGCGUGCUUUUUACAGGCGGGUGGGCUAAAGCUGGCUUGUACUAUGAGAUUGCUCAAAAAAUUUUUAAGAAAGUUCUAGAGAAGAAUGAUGCCGGAGACCAUUUCCCAUUGUAUGCCAUUUGCUUGGGUUUUGAACUUUUAACAAUGAUUAUCAGCGAAGACAGAAAUAUUCUUGAAUCAUUUAGUGCAGCAGAUCAGGCAUCCAGUCUCCAAUUUGUGAAAAACAUUAAUAUCGAAGGAACAGUAUUUCAAAGAUUUCCUCCAGAUUUGCUGAAAAAUCUAGGUACUGAUUGCCUAGUCAUGCAAAACCAUCAUUAUGGCAUUUCACCCGAGAGAUUUCAGAAUAAUCCAAAUCUAUCCAGCUUCUUCAAGAUUUUAACAACAAGCACAGAUGAUAAUAACGAGGUCUACGUCUCCACUGUACAAGCGCAUGGUUAUCCUGUCAGUGCCUUCCAGUGGCAUCCAGAGAAAAAUGCUUUUGAAUGGGGCUCAACAAUGAUUCCACACUCAGAAGAUGCCAUUCAAGUGACCCAACAUGUUGCUAACUUUUUAAUCAGUGAGGCUAGGAAGUCACUAAACAGGCCACCUGCUCGAAAAGUGCUUGAUAACCUCAUUUAUAAUUAUAGCCCUACCUACUGUGGGAAGGCUGGGAAGGGAUACGAUGAGGUCUACAUCUUUGCACAGCUUCAACCUCGAAUUUGAAAGGGUUGCGCUGUUAUCUGAUGUUACAGAUGUAUGUUGUUCAGAAAUAUAUAUACAUUAUUCUCAUGUAAAUGUUUUGGGCCACCUGUUCUGAGUUCUGAAUGUGAAUGUUCCCUUCAUGUCUUAAUAUUAAGCUGUGAUCAGGAACAAUCUUUUAUCAGGCAUGAAGGGAUAUUGAAUUAUUGUCAUCAGGCAGCAUAUAACAUAUUCAUAAGCUACAUAUACUGCUGCCACCUUAUGUUUCAGUUUUCCUCUUCACUAAGUGAGGAAGUCUAUACAUUCAGUGGCUAAUACACAUGCUUUUGUAUUUA